GAUAAGUCUCAGUGAGUUGGUGUCAGUGAGUGGGGAGGGUACGUGGCGGUUCAGUGAGCAGCCAUAUUGAUAUUGAAAUGCAGUCGCAAUCCUCUCCUCUUUUGGUCUUCAGAGCCAUGCUUAUCGGCCUCUGUCUUUUGGCUCUCUUUUGUGGGAUGAUUGAUGCCAGUGGGCUGAACAUUAUCGGCAUGCCUUUGUCCGCACAUCCCAUGGGUGACUCCAUGGACUUCACGAUGGGUGGUGGCAAGAACUGCGAUGACGAAGAAGAAGAGGAGGAGGAUGACGACGACCAACCACAGAACCAGUGUUUGGACGUCAAGGCAUCAGCCUGGACUCUGAGCAACAUGUACCGCGACCAGCCUCUCUUCAUGAACUUCAGACCGAGAACCGAAGAAGCCAUGUUGAUUGACAAUAUCUGUUAUACUUUCUUCCCCCUCCCCGAUGACCAGUUUACCUACGUCAUGUACAGUUCAACUGUAUACCGUGACGGUUCUAAUCUGAUUGAGUCUGACAUUGUCACUGAUGUGCAGCUCGGAAUCUUCAGAGCAGCAAGCCCUUACUGUACCUACAAGGACCACGUACUCGGCUACGCCGGAUGUGACACCUUCGUCAUGUACCGAUGCUACAUGUCCAGCGAGUGCAGGAACAAGAACGCUUUGUUCACGUUCGGUCUGUCCCAAAGUUGCAAGCAGAUCUCCAUCUCUUGCUUGCAGAAGAUUGAAGACAUCAUCCAGGGCAACGGAAUCCCGGAACAAGACUAUGUUGCCUUGCCGAUGAAACUUCCCACCAAAUGCGUGUUUGAGCCUGUCUGCACAUUCAAGGGCGAAGUGGAAGUUUUCAACGCGGUGGAUGUCAUCGCUCCGAGAGAAAUAGUGGUUCCCUUCAUCGAAGAGGAGAUUGAGAUCCUGCCUCCACCACCCGUGAUCGUCACCUCAGUGGCCGAUGAGCUCUUCCUUCCCGAAUUCCCUGUCACUUUGGCCCCUCCUGUUUCGAUACCACCAUUCCUCGGCUACUCGAGGCCCUCUUAUCUGGGAAGAAUACCCAACGUGGGCAGAUACUCCAACUAUUUUCCCGGCAGAAGAUAAACAUCACAGUAGAUUAUAGCUAAUGUAGUUUCGGUUAAAAAUUAAGUUUAACAUCGAGCAGCAAUAUCCCUGUCUUCUGCUUUCCGACAAACGAAGAACUUCAUUCUCAGUGAUCACGAAGCCUCAUUUCAUUUACGGCUGGACUCCUUUUUAUGAGUGCCUUAAUGUAUUAAGGCGUAUUGACGACAUAAUAGCUAUACAUAGUAAUAAAAUAAUUUUAUAACA